UUGUAUUUACCCAACAUUUAUUGUUUAAAGUCUGUACUCUUUUUAGGUUUGUUUAUGUGUGUGCCGAUGAGUGGUCUGUGGCUGUCCAGAAAUAGAUAUUUCUUGUAAUACCAUAAAAUGAAAAUAAAAAUGAAAUCUAACACUACUACUUGACAUUUUUUAGGUGUUAUUAUUGCUUCGUGUGAUGGCUGGUGAUACAAAUUGACAAUAAACCAUUUAGUAAAUCUAACCAUCAACCUCUCUUUCUCUGAAGACAACAAAUUACCCAAAGUCUGUAGAAAAGAGAUCUACCAUAUCCAAACCACCGGAACACACAAAUCGAUCCGACUACCGGCAAAUGGGGGAGCAACAGUAUUACUACUACUCCCAGGCAACGCUUUCUCCUCCUCCUCCUCCUCCCGCCGACGAAGAAAGGAAGCUCUUCCCACCCAGCAGCUCACCUUGUUCCUCCUCCUCCUCCUCCUCUGCAGAUCUCAUGAGCAGUAAGAAAGCAGGAGGUGGCGGAGGUGUUGAUAAGGCGGCGGCGUACAGAGGGGUGAGGAGGCGGCCGUGGGGGAAGUACGCGGCGGAGAUAAGGGACUCGACCCGCCACGGGGUGAGGGUGUGGCUGGGGACGUUCGAGACGGCAGAGGCGGCGGCGAUGGCCUACGACCAGGCGGCGCUGUCCCUCCAGGGAACCAAGGCCGUCCUCAACUUCCCCGUCGAUGAGGUCAGCAGGUCCCUCAGGGAGAUAGGCUGCGGCAGCGGCGGCAGCAUAUUCGAGGAAUAUUCUUCCCCUGCUCAGGCGCUCAAGAGGUCGCAUUACAUCAAGCGGAAGGCACUCGGCCGGAGCAAGAGAGAGAAGAGGCCGCUGCCGGUUGAGACAGGCCGAUCGAAUCAGCAGCAUCUUAAAAAGGAGGAAGUGGUGGAGUUUGAAGAUCUUGGAGCUGCUUUCUUGGAGCAGUUGCUGUGUGAGAGCUCCUGCAGCGAGACAAGUACUGCAGCUAAGUCAGAGGGGGAAACUGAAGGCGAGUCAUGAGUGGGAAGGCAAAUGAGGAAUUAAUGGCAAAUGCUUCAGCAAUAUCACCAGCUAUCAGCUGUGUUGAGUUUCUCUACUGCUCGAUGUCCACUUGCAUGUUUGUUUUCUUGCUUAGUGGGUGGUUUCAUGGUAAUCGAGUACUACUUGAAAAUAAAACUUGUUCAUCUUCUCUUGUCCAUUCAUUUCUACUGUUUUCCUUUGCGUUUUAUACAUGGAGUUUUAUGAUGUCGUUAUAAUUCAUGAGAUAUGAAAGUUGUACAUAUAAGUAAUAUCGUCCAAGUACUCGAUAUUUCAGGAGAAGCACCUAAUUAAUUAACCCACAUAUUAAGCAAGCAAAUUGUGGGUAAUUGAUAAACUUGGCAACUCCAUGGGGAAACUGAAGAAAAAGUUAAAGGAAGUUAUCAUUAAUUCAUUCCUCUAAUAGCUAGCUAGCUAGCUUGUGGCCUAGACACAAUAAUGCCGUAAAAAGUGA